UUUUAUGCUUUUUGUAGACGUUUACAGGUUUCUCUCUCUGCUAUGAAUUUUGGAGUAUCAACAUAACCUACUUUAUACUGUAAUUGUUUAUAUUUUUAUAGAAUAUACACGAAUAUGUUCACAUUUCAUGGUAUUUUCUGUACUUAAGACACUUUAUAAUGUUUGCGUUAUUGAGAGAAGUGAAUUUCUGGAGCUUUGACGACAACAUAAGCAUAGAAGACACGGAUUUUGGCGCAUUCAAGUACCAUGACAAACGAAUUGAUGGCACAUAUGAAGAAGGUAAAAGAUCUUACUGUCAAGAGCGUGGUAUGACUUACGUUCCAGAAAACAAAAAGGGGAACAAGUUAAAACAUUCUAUUAAAUAUUUGGAGGAUCAACUCAGAGAUAAUUCUGUAAUUUAUUGUCAAUGGUAUAGUGAUUCUAUUGUACAAUUAAUGCUUAGCAAUGGUUUGUUGAUACAAAUACAAGUUUGUCUCCUCAGUGGUGACAUACAAGAAAUUUAUUUUGACAAGUAUCUCAUAGGAAAAUUAUCAGAACAUGUGUCCGAUGUUAUUAUUACCAAGAAUCAUUUAGUUUGUAUAUACAAUGAUAAUCUAGUGACACUGGUGUAUUUUACAAAACCUAAAUUACAUGUCUUUGAUAAAAUCAAUAAGUUAGAACCUAAAUUAAUCACGACAGAUUUAUUUGUACCUAAUGGACGUAGAUUGGAUAAGAAAAUUCAAGUAAACAAAUCUGCUGACUUGAUAUUAAUUUGGCGGAAAUCUACAAUGAACGAAGUUUAUCCAUGGAGUCCUGCUAUGAAACAAUAUCAUCGUGCAAACAUGCAUCUGUUUCGGCUUACAGGAACAAAAUUAGAAUUGCUGUGUUACAUACGUACUGAGUUUGAUCCUUUGUGUAUUACAUUUGAUAUAUGUGAUGACAAUAUUAUUCAUUCUGUAGAACAAAAAGUUUCAAGGAAGGGAGAAGUCACUGUGGAAUGGCGUACCUAUGAAAUUUCUCGGCAGAAUAAAUUGAAAAGAAUUGCCGUGAUCUCUGUACCAUUGCCUACGCAUACAAGUUGUGUGAGAUUUUCACCUCAACAGGAAUUACUGCUGUUAUGUUGCAUUGAUGGCACUAUUAUGAUAUACGAUCAAACGAAAUCGACAACUAUCAAUGUAAAGGCUGCGUUUAUACCUACUUUAGCUGCUUGGCAUAGCGACGGUAUAAUAUUCAUCGUAGGUAAUGACAGAGGUCAAUUUCAACAUUUUGAUAUCACUUUAACAUGUAUCAAAAGCCAGACAUUGAACGACGAAGCGACACCAGCGAAUAUUCUCGACUUGUCACCAUAUUUCAAGAAUCAGCAUACUUUGUUACAUAUGGAAUGGAACAGGAAAAGCGACACAAAUCAAAUUUGCUAUUAUAAUAAUAGCAAUGCUUUGUUCUUGUUACUUUUUGAACGAGGACCGAUUGGCGUUAUUAAAGUGAUCGAAGGCGAUAAUCUAUCCGGAGACGAACUAGUCAAAAGGUAUUUGUCCGAGUCUCGAGUAGAACAGGCAACUGCUUUGCUAUUGUCAUUGAAUUGGGACACACAUUCACAUAUAUGUAUGCAGUCCCUGAAUCAAAUCUUAAAUUAUUUAUUCAAGUUACCAUUAACAGCAGAACGCGAAGGUCUGAUACAAAAUGCACUAGGUAGCUUUCAUGUGCCUGUUAAACCAAUAAGUCAGGCUGUCGAAGAGGAAUACGGAGAUGAAGUGAGGGAUUUAACGAGACGAUUCUUCUAUCACUUAUUAAGAUACAGAAUGUUUGAGAAAGCCUUCAGACUAGCUAUUGAUUUAAACGAUCACGAUCUCUUCAUGGACAUACAUUUCUAUGCUAUGGUUCUAAAUGACAUGGAACUGGCAACUGCAGCCAAAGAGAAAGCUGAAAAUAUUCUGAGUAGAUCAAACAGUUGCAAUGACUCGCAUUCGACAUGUUCGAGAGCAUCGUGUUCUUUAUGCUCUGAUUCAAGCAAUGAGAAAGGCGAGGAAGAGGAAGAAGAUGAAGAAGAAGGAGAAGAAGAGGAAGAAACGUACAGUGAAGAGAGCGAAGAUUCUAGGAAGGAAGAACGAGCCAAUUUAAAGCAAUCGAAAAAGCGCCAUUAUAGGAAAGCCUCCAGUCAAAUACCACCUUUACCGGUUGUCCAUCCUCAUCACGAUAUCAAGAACUCACUCUCUACAUCCUACAACAAUAUUCCGUCCAUUAAUAAGACUGACUAUACUCUAAUACCUUCGCUCUUGGAUAACAGUAUUUUAACAACAACUUCAUUUAAUCACUCUUCGCACAUUUCGAGUCCAUUUCUAGCAUCGACUUCUUUCAACAAAUCAUACAAUGCACAGUCGAAUUUCACGUCAACCAACUCAAACAUCAUCGACAGCUCUCCAGCGUUUAAUAACGCAUCGGACGAUUUGAUGACUACGUCAUUCGGUAGUGUUUCUCUCAACGAACCGGAAGUGAUGGUCGAUGAUCAACCCGGCGAUAAUUUUGACGCGAAGUCAUACGACAAGUCAUUACUUAACGAAAUACCAUAUUCUUUCAACGGUUUUGUUAUCAAUGCAAUGCCAACUUGCACACAGGACGAUAGCUUCAUCUCAACUCCCUUUAAUAAGCCGGUGUAUGAAUCCGAAGAUAUUGAAUCUAAUUAUUUGGCAAGUCCGUUAAGUGUUGUUGAUAGUAACAUUAUGUCAACGUCGUUCAGUACUCGAAACAUUCCCACUUCGCAUAGUAAUGCUUUCAAUGCAACAACCACGAAUAAUUCCGAAACAACGUCUUCCAUGUUACAUAGCGCAAAGUCCUCAAAGCUAACUGAUAAAUUAUUAAGUAGAAUUCUCAUUGAUACCGAUGCUCGUUCUUCGACAUCUCAGUCCCUUCUUCCAAAUAAUAUCUGUAACAAUCUGAUGUCCACCUCGUUUAACUAUUCCGAAACUAAUAUAGCUCUUGAAAAUAGCGAAAUUAUGUUCUCCAAUAGAUUUAGUGGCAGCGAUCAAGCUAUUAAAUUACAACAAUUUGAAACAACAGUGGAAGAAAAGGAAACGAGCGUCGAUAUUCCACCACCGCCCACUCUGACAAGUUCUCUCGCUAAUUAUCUUCACGGUCUACCGAGAAAAAAUUAUCCUCUGUCCAAGAGCGCUCCAGGUUUAUCGGACAUCGACGAAUCGGUUCACAAGUUUUAUAUGCCAUCGCGCGUUUUGCAAAAACCGAAUUCCAUGUCGUCUAAUGUAUCUCAAAGUCAGAAACUUCCGUCCCCGUCUUUCAAAACUUAUAGAUACAAUUAUGAUCUAGAUUAUGUACCGUUUCACGAUACUCGCGAUGAUAUGGACUUGCAGCAUUCACAGAUGGCUGGCAAGAAAAAUUUUCCCUCGCAAAAUUUUCAUUCUAACUACAACGCGCAACACAGAUUAUUCGAGAAUAGAUAUUCGUCGAAGCCUUUUCAAAACGUUAAUGCGAGUAAAGAAACUAGAAUACUUUCCAAUGUACCACCUCUGCCUGUAAUUAAUACAUCUACUGCCAAUCCGAUAAUCUCUACAUAUCCGUCCUUCAUCGACGCGCCAAUAAGUUCUAAUGAAAAGCCAAAAGUAAAGUUCUCGGAUACUGUCACUCAUAUAUUAGUACCUGGUACAGUUCAAGUACACAGACAGAAACGACCUGCUACGCAAGUACAUGUAACAGAUCCCAAACGUGAAUUAGCUGAAAGUCUUCCACUCUGCCUGGGUAAUGAAGAUUAUCUUAAAGAUUUUCAACCAUUAUCUAAAGACGACAUAGACAAGAAAAUAAAGGAACCUCCCAAAUCUGAUGACAGUACAAAGAUUAAAGUUGUGCAUUUUGGUUUACUGUAAAUUUACGAGUAUUAAGUAUUAAGAGAAUUUAUUAGAAUUAAUAUUUUUAAUAUCUAUUACGUAUUUGCACAUACCAUUUUAUGUGUAUGUGUAUUGUUAUGAGAUUAAACAGUAACAAAAACAA